AACCGUCAGAACAAGCGUCCAUGGACCUGUGGAACUGGGAUGAGGCUUCACUACAGGAAGUGCCUCCUGGGGACAAGCUGACAGGACUGGAAGGAGCAGAAUUUGGUUUCUAUUUUCCUGAAGUGGCCCUGCAAGACGACACACCGAUGAACCUAGAGAGCUGCUGGAAAGGGUUCCCAGAGCUAGACUGGAAUCCCGCUUUACCUCACGAAGAAGUACCUUUCGAGGCGGAGCCCGUUGCUCACUCCCUUCCGUGGUCACGAGACAGGACAGACCUGGGGUGCAACACCACAGACCCGUGGAGCUGUGCUGCGCAGACGCCAGGCCCCGCCCCUCCGGGCACUAGCCCCUCCCCCUUCGUCGGCUUUGAAGGGGCGCCGGGCCAGAAUCCUGCCACCUCGGCGGGAGGGGUCCCCUCGUGGUCGCACCCUCCCGCCGCCUGGAGCACCGCCAGCUGGGACUGUUCUGUGGGCCCCAGUGGCGCCACCUACUGGGACAAUGUCCAGAGCGAGGAAGCGCGGUCGGACUAUAGAAUGUCGUGGGGCGGGUCUGCGGGUUCGGACUACACCACCACUUGGAACACUGGGCUGCAAGAAUGCAGCAUCCCUUUCGAGGAGCACCAGAGUCCAGCAUUCACCACGCCCUCCAAAUCGAGCCAGCAGUCUGAUCGAGCCACGCUGACUCGCUACUCCAAAACUAACCACCGAGGUCCCAUUCAGCUGUGGCAGUUCCUCUUGGAACUGCUCCACGACCGGGCGCGCAGCAGCUGCAUCCGCUGGACGGGCAAUAACCGCGAAUUCCAGCUGUGCGACCCCAAAGAGGUGGCCCGGCUGUGGGGCGAGCGCAAGAGGAAGCCGGGAAUGAAUUACGAGAAGCUGAGCCGAGGUCUACGUUACUAUUACCGCCGCGACAUCGUGCUCAAGAGCGGUGGGCGCAAGUACACAUACCGCUUCGGGGGACGUGUGCCUGUCCUCGCCUAUCAGGAUGAUAUGGGGUACCUGCCAGGUGUAGAAGGCCAAUAA